AUGCAUCCCGUUCAUUUUGCUUACCAACGGCGGGGGAAACACGAGACAGAACGUGUCGCGGAAAUCAGUGAAAAGCUGAAAGUGCCCUUGGACGCAACAGAUAUUGUUCAAAGCCAUUCUCCCUUCGCGGAGCUGGUCAAGGGGCCGGAUGAGGCGAACGCGCUAGAGAACAAGUGUGUAUUGGUGGCAGGAGGCGAUGGCGACAAUUGUCGGCGGGUGGCGGAACAGUACGGCUUCAAGAAUGUUGUGACACCGGGCGAUAUCUUCAUGGCCAAUCCCUCUGUGUGGCCUUUCUCGAAGAACUUCUCCGACUACUAUAAGACAUUUGCUCGCCCACUUCCCAAGCCCAUCGAUCCGACGGAUCCUACCAAGGGUCUGAAGAUCGAUGCUGUGUUUAUUUUCAAUGACCCCAGAGACUGGGCCCUGGAUACGCAAGUCAUCAUGGAUCUCCUUCUCUCGUCGCGAGGGCAUGUUGGGACUCUGUCGGAGAAGAACGGUCGAACCGAUCUUCCCAACCACGGCUACCAGCAAGACGGCCAACCUCAUCUGUACUUCUCGAACCCAGAUCUGUGGUGGGCAGCAGCAUAUCCUCUGCCUCGUCUCGGUCAGGGUGGAUUCCGAGAGGCGCUUGAAGGUGUUUGGGCCGCAACCACGGGUGGCCCUACUAAAGGCAUUGAGUUGAAGAAGACGGUGAUCGGCAAGCCUUACCAGGGGACCUACGAGUUUGCGGAGAUGCAAUUGCUUCGUAACCGAUCCAAGGUCUUUGGCGCAGACCUGCCGCCAUUGCAACACGUCUAUAUGGUCGGAGAUAACCCGGAGUCGGAUAUCCGAGGCGCAAAUUCCUAUCGCAGCAAAUUCGGCAGCAGUUGGGAAUCUAUCCUGGUGCGUACUGGAGUCUACAGUGGUGGAGAUCCUGCAUGGGCACCUAAGACAGUUGCCGAUGAUGUGCAGAAGGCCGUCCAGUGGGCUCUGGAGUCUUCUAAAUGGUUAUUACAGUAG